CCGCGAGUGGACGCAUUUUCUCGGAGCAGUUCCCUAGCGUGUUUGUGCGUUUCGCGUCCGCUGUUCCUAUUUCGUCCGACCUUCCGGUGUGGUGCAUUGUUGCACGCUUACGCACUCGCCACGGAGUGUCCACAAUCGUGCGCCUAGGCGUUGGUAGUGGCAACGUCUUACCUGCCAGCCCCGGUUACCUGGUGCCUGUGUGUGUGUUUUACUGUAAAGCGCGUGUGUGAAGUGUUGAAUUUCUUGUUAUCAAGUGUGCGGUGAUAUUGUGUUUUGUUUUGGAACAAAUUGUGCGAGGAUUUCCCGCUGCCCAAAACAAAAAAAAAACCUCACCAUCCCAAAGAGAGGGUGCUUUCCGGUACAAAAAGGAUUACACAUCAUCGGUGCGCGGAAACGCUAGUUUUUGCGAUGGGGAAAAUCUCCGGAAGCCACUGUCUCGUCCUUGGCUGCCGCAACCGGCAGCUGCUCAACCAAACCAACACCCGAUCGUACUUCCGCUUUCCACGGGACGCCGAGCUAUGCAAGAAGUGGGUCGACUUCUGCAGCCGACCGGAGCUCUACAAAAAGUACGACGAGAACGGGCCCGAGUACCUGUACAAAAGUUCCCGCAUCUGCUCGGACCACUUUCAGCCGACGGACUUUAACAAUCCCAACCUCUUCAGCCAAGGGCUUAAAAAAGGUUCCAUCCCAACGGUGAACCCGGCCACGCAUGAAACGAAGACAAACAAUGGAACCGGAGCUGGCGGAGCGCCUGCCGGUGGUGGUGGUGGUGGUGGAAGCGGAAGUAGCAAUGGCGCUGGUUCACCGAUCGACGAGAAGCUCCUUUCGGCGGUGGCCUCAAUUCCGAACCUAUCCGCCAACCUGUCGCUGAUGGUGGCAGCUGCCGUACACGCGGCCCAGCAAUCGCAACAACAGCAGCAGCAGCUGCUACUACAAGCCAACUCGGGGCUUAAUGCGACCAACCUGAAGCGAUCGGCGGCCGCCAUGAGUGGGUCGGGUGGUUCGGGCGCCCUCCAGCUGACGACGGCCAGCGGAGCGGCAGCCACUACCAACUCCACCACGACCACGCCCAGCUCCGGAUCAUCGUCGGCCAAGCGUAACCGAGCGGUUCCACCAUUGGCGACCCCUACCGGGGCGCUCGCGAACCUCAUCCAGCGCCAUCAGCAGAUCAAGGAGCAGCAGAUCAAGGAGCAGCAGCGCAAAGCAGCCCUCGGGGGUAGCGGGCUCGUCAAUGGGCAGGUAUCGAUCACCAGCGUUCCCGGUGCGCGAACCUCACCCACCCUCUCGUCGGCCCGAGGCGGAGGCCCGAUCUCGCUGGUCACGUCCAAGAAAUCCGCCGCCGCCAACAACAACAACAACAAUGUGAGCCACCAUAACCACAACCACAAGGCGAACCACGAGCAGAAACAUGACCAGAGCGACUUUGGACUGAACCUGAACGACACGGACAUGACCGGUGGAGAAUCAUCCGAAGGUGACUCGAGCUACCAGAACUCGGCCGACGAGGACUACGCGUACCACCAGAAGCAGAAGGUCGCCAAGGUGGAGGCGGUCAUACCACCGUCGCUCAAGUCGCAGCUCACCGUCACGCCGGCCACCAUCAACAACAACACGAUCCACAGCACGAACGGCGGCGGUGGUGCCCUGGCCACGUCCCCCACGAACGGCACCAUCAACUACAAGGAGAAGUACGAGCAGACGCUCAAGGAGCUGUUCGCCUGCCGGAAGAUCGUGAAGAACCAGAACAAGGCGAUCAAGCAGCUGCAGGGCGAGAUCGACUUCCUCAACCAGCUGCUGAAGGAGAAAUGAUGCGACAUCAUCAUCGAGUGGCGCUGGCGGUGGCAUCGGGGGUGGAGUCGCUGUGGCCGCGCGACCGGAUCGGAGGAAACAUCCCCUACAAUGACAGCGUCGCGCGGAAUGAAGAGUUACUAUUUAAGGUUACUAUUUGGUUGAUAGUUCUAGCUAUUUUAUAAGGACCCAGCAGAUCUGCCCGAAUCCAAGUGGUCCCUAGUAGUUACCUUUUUGGCCCAUCACAUUCGACCGAGGUUUGCGGAGGAUUGCGUUUUAGGCGAAUGAAUAAAUUCAGUGAUAGCAAGGAGCCACCGGAACAUUCGAUCUUUCGAUUCGAUUUACCCUAAGUGGGUAUUCUAAGCGAUGUUAACGAAAGUGCACCGCUAUCGUACAGGGAAAAACAAAAUCUACAAACAGAAUAUCGAUUCCAAACAUUCCACCAGUCCAGCAACGAAGAGGAAGGGGUUCGGACGAGUGUGAUGGGCGCAGUUUCUGGAUAUUAGUUGCUAAGAGAAAGGCUAAGAAAAAACGGCCACUAAAACGGGAGGGGAAAUGACGGCAGGCAGGUAGGCUUAGCAGCAAAAGCAAAGUGCGCUAGUGGGCGCCCAAUUGUGGGGCAUUUAAUGGGUAUUAUACUAUAAAUCAUCAUUCACGGCACAAGAGACCGAGAACUGUGUCACGUCCUUCGGAUCGCUAGCUUUAGAUCGGAUCUGUGCUCGAAUGAGGGUCAACUUUCUUUCUGUUUAUUUAUCAAACCCCCCCCCCCCAAGGACGCAGGAAGGCAGGACGAAAAUCGGGCGCUGAAGUGGAAAGAAGAGGAUCCUGUUAGAGAUAGAUACUAUAAAUAGAAAGGAAGGGUGAAUGUGCGUUUAAGGGAAGGGAUAGGAAGUAGGUACGAAGAAAAAUACAACCAGUUGCCAGUAAAGUUAAAGCCAACCAAUAGAAUCGUAGGUCACAUUAUUAGUCAGUUUCCAAAAUAUACAAACACCAUAUAUACACUUGCAGAAGAAGAAUGGACAAAGGCGGAAAGCAGGAAAGAAAAUGGGGGAAAAUUGGUAAAAACGAGAGAUUGUAAAUUUGUUUAGUAAUUUGAUAAAAACGGACAAAAUGUUUGGAUAGGAAUGACUUCUAUAUAGAACAUUAUAUACACAUACACACAAACAGAGACAGAGCAGGAGUCGUAAAUUUAUUUAAUGUACAUUUAAAUGCAGGCGGUUCAGUAUGCUGCAUUGGCCACAGAAAGAGCAGACGUUAUUCUAAGGGUGAGAUGUUUUCGUUUCUAUUAUAAGGUCAAGUGUAGCCAGUGUGUGUGUAAAAGGAAAAGGAAACACUAGUUCUACAGAAAAUAAA